AUGGACAGGCGAAGACAGGACAUCGAAGACAAACGAGCUAAACUUGCUGAACUGCGAAAGGCGAGAGAGGAACGAAGAACCAGAUUACAGGAGGAACGUGGCGUAGGGGCGACGACGCCCAUCAACACUGGCGUGCAAAACCCACGACCCAGCCGGGCUGAAAUCGACUCUCUGGUAUCCGAUCUAUUGAGCCCCGCUGGUGGGCCUGCCUCGGCUUCUUCAGGUGUCACCUCGCCCGCCCCUAAUACACCAUACACUAUCACUAGCGCCAAUACCACCGGAAAGACUUCGAGCAUCGGUGGGGGUCGGUUCAGUUUUGGAAGACGAUCGAGUCAAGGGAGCCAUUCCGGCGGUCAGAUCACCUCUUCAGACAUCGACAACUUCCCCUCUCAAACAGUCCCAUCCUCCGAACCUCAAGAUGCCGGUAGUGUCACAGGCGCAUCUCCUCUCUCAGCAUUGCCCAGCUUUACCAAUUCCUCCCAAGACUUGUACGAGAUUGCACCCAAACCACGACUAUUAUAUAACAAAUCCGUCCAGACUCACUCCAUUUCAGUGGGUCCGGGGCCAUCGGGCUCGGUCGUCUCGAAUGGUGAUGGAAAUCAGGCGAUCACAAACCCUAACGAAGAAGAAUUACGUCUCAAACUAAUCAAGGAACUCGAAACUGAACGAAAGAAAUUGGAACAGGAAAUCAAGGAUGAACAGCGUCGGAUAGAGAAGGAGAUGGAAGAGGACAGGUUGAGAGGAUUGGAUCCACGGACUCUAGCCACGAUUUACUCGGAUGCAGAGUUCAACGAGUUUCUUGAAUCGUCUUCCAAAAUCAUCCAACGUGCACUAUCUGAUGGCUAUGAUUAUCUAAAGGAUUAUUCUGUGAAUUUCGGUGACGAGGAUGGAAUUGAUGAUCGUGAGGGUAAACGUGUCAAGCGAAGUUGCGAGUUUUAUGAAGAAAAACUGUUGAAGAACCGUAGCGUGACGGAUUUAGAUUGGUCAACAAAAAACCCCGAACUGAGUCUAGCUUCGUAUAACAAAAAUCCGAGCGGGAUCAACGAACCAGAUGGCCUUGUCUGUGUUUGGAACUUACAUCUUCUUGAUCGUCCGGAAUACACAUUUCAUGCGCAGUCCGACGUCCUUUCUGCUACCUUCUCGCCAUUCCAUCCUAACCUUGUGAUCGGAGGUACUUACUCUGGUCAGAUCUUGAUUUGGGACAUCCGACAUCGCAAACAAUUGCCGGUCUUGAAGACUCCACUCUCUUCUUCUGGCCAUACCCAUCCGGUUUACUCCACUUCGAUCAUCGGCACUCAGAACUCGCACAACUUGAUCUCAGCCUCUACCGAUGGCACGAUUUGCUCGUGGGCUUUGGAUAUGUUGGCUCAGCCCCAAGACCUCAUAGAAGUCUUGAACCCGAGCCAUCAUCGAACAGAUGAAAUGAGUCCCACCUGUUUUAGCCUUCCAGCAAAUGAGAUCAAUACGAUUUGGUUCGGGACGGAGGAGGGGAACGUCUAUGAAACUAAUCGCUUCGAUCGUGCUGGAAUGAAAUCGGGAUUGAUUCAAAGUCUGGUUUACAAAGGUCAUUCGGGGCCCGUCUUGGGAAUCGAUUUUCAUCCGAUGAGCGGCCCGGUUGACUUUAGCGACUUGUUUUUGACCUGUGGAGUGGACUGGACGGUCAAACUGUGGAGACCCCAAGGAAACAGUAAGAAGACCGAGCAGCCCACCGAGCCGGUCCCGCCAAGUCGACAGCCCCGGCUCAACAGUACAGCAGCUAAUUCAAAGCCGAAUUCAACCGCCCCGCGCGCCACGAUUAUCGCCCCGAUUUAUUCCUUUGAAGAAGCGGAUGACUACAUCUUCGAUGUCAAGUGGCAUCCUUGUCAUCCGGCUAUGUUCGGAACUGUCGAUGGCUCGGGCAAGUUCAACUUGUGGAACUUGAAUUCGGAUACUGAAGUCCCAACUGUUUCAAUCUACACAAACCCCGCCCAACCUAGAGGAUUGAAUAAAUUGGCAUGGGAUAAACGAGAAGGUAAAAAAGUCUCGAUGGGCAGCAUUGAUGGCCGAGUGUAUGUAUAUGACAUUGGAGAACUUGCUUUACCUAAAGAAAACGAGUGGGAUCAGAUGAGGAAAACGUUUGGUAGCUUGAUGGGGACUAGCAGUAAUGGGAUCACCGCCUUAGAUGUCCGAUAA